AUGAUUUUAUCCCCUGCUGAGAGGUCCUAUCUAUACGACUCGCUCGUCCAGUCGCCUCCUAUUCGUCCGGAUGGCCGUAAGGAGUUCCAGUUCAGGCCUGUAGAGGCCACCACGGCAUUUCUUCCAUCUUCAAAUGGUUCAGCCAGAAUACGAAUGGCCGAUGGAAGUGAAUGUAUUGUCAGCGUCAAAUCCAAGGUGGUUAUGAUUGCUAAGGAGCCUAACUUGAUUGAAUGUGACAUUGACGUCUCUGGGUUUCGUGAUGACUCCAACUACGUGUCCGACUUGAAGUUUUCCAUGACGGAUCUUUUUAUAAAGAACUUCCCAACUUCCCACUUGCAUCUCACAACCAAAUACGCCUAUAAGUUGUUCAUCGACUGCAUUGUGGUGAGCCAUCAGAGCCAUCCAUCCACAUUGUUGACGUUGACAGCCUACUUGGCUCUCAAGUCUACUAAAUUGCCUCUUCUUAUCUCUGAUGUCGAUGAUGCAGAGAUCGAAGAACAGCCUACAUUUUCCGACGACUGGGACCAGGCCUUGUUGUUGUCUAAGGUGUUCAAAAUGGACCACUUCCAGCCUCCAAUUUUUGUCACCAUAGGUGUAGUAGGAGACAAUUUACUCAUGGAGCCAUCCAGUGAGGAAGAACAGGUACUUGAGAACGGAUUGCUCGUGGCCUGGUACGAUAACAAGGUAAUCACGCCUAUUUUCAAUAUGAGCUUGGCUACGAACUCCAACAGUACCAACUUCAAAGGCUUUAACGCUCGCAUUUUGCCUAAGGUGGUUGCCAUGUGUAAGAAAUACUGUGGUGCUGUGGUCAAAGCUCUAGAUACCUUGGUAGAGCAGGAUGAGGAGGGCGCAAUUUUUUAG